CCGCCACCCCGCGCGCCCACUCCCGCCCCGGCGCCGCGGGAACAUGCGGCUCCGCUCCCGGAGGCCGGCGAGUGAGUGACCCCCGUCCCCCGCCUCAGCCCGCCCGCCCGCCGGCCCGGCCGCUCCCCCCCGCCUCGCCCAGGCAAUGACAGCGGCUCCGGCGUCUCCGCAGCAGAUCAGGGACCGGCUGCUGCAGGCCAUCGACGCCCAGAGCAACAUCCGGAACAUGGUGGCGGUGCUGGAAGUCAUCUCCAGUCUGGAGAAAUACCCCAUUACCAAAGAGGCACUGGAGGAGACACGGCUGGGGAAGCUUAUCAACGACGUCCGCAAGAAGACCAAGAACGAGGAGCUCGCCAAGCGGGCCAAGAAGCUGCUGCGGAGCUGGCAGAAGCUCAUUGAACCCGUGCACCAGGGUGAGGCGGCGCUGCGGGGGCUGCCUGGCACCGCCGGCUCUGCCAACGGGGGCGCUCACAACUGCCGGCCAGAGGCGGGGGCAGCCGUCGGGCCCCGGAGCAUCCGUGACCUAAAGAGCCGCAAUGACAUCCAGAGGCUGCCUGGUCAGCGGCUGGACAGGCCGGGCAGCCGCAAGCGCCGGGGAGACCAGCGUGACCUUGGCCACCCUGGGCCACCACCCAAGGCCAGCAAGACCAGCCAUGAGCCUCUGGCCCCCAGCUCUUCCCCCCUGCCCACCAAUGGGAUCAGCGGGAGCCCUGAGAGCUUCACUGGUCCCCUGGACAGCGGCGGCCACACAGGCCCUGAGGGCAGCCGCCUGGAGCCUGGCGAGAACGACAAGCACAGUGGCUGGAUCCCGGUCAAUGCCGUGAGGCCGCACACCAGCUCACCAGGCCCAGGCCUGGGGGCUAAGGCUGCCUCACUGCAGCCACUGGACAGGGUAGACGAGACCCCAGGGGCCCCCCACCACAGGGGCCCCCCCCGCUGCUCCUUCAGCCCUCGGAACUCACGGCAUGAGGGCCCCUUCGCCAGGCAGCGGAGCCCAUACGUGCCCAAGGGCUCAGUGCCCAGCCCCUCACCACGGCCUCCGUCAGUGGAGGCCACACAGGCGCCUUCACCGCUCCCACUGGCCCAGCCCCCCACGCCCCCUGUCCGGCGGCUGGAGCUGCUGCCCAAUUCAGAGAGCCCGGGGCGUUGGCCUGACCAGCCCGAGGGCCACCAGCGUUUGGCGGGGCCUGGCUGUAAGGCGGGGCUGCCCCCGGCCGAGCCUCUGCUGCUACUACCACGGGCAGGCCUAUCCCCAGACUCCUCCAGGGCAGACAGCGAUGCCGCUUCCUCGGGUGGCUCGGACAGCAGGAAGAAGAAGCGGUACCGGCCGCGUGACUACACAGUAAACUUGGAUGGGCAAGGGGCUGAGGCAGGUGUCAAGCCUGUGCGGUUAAAAGAGCGCAAGCUCACCUUUGACCCCAUGACAAGACAGAUCAAACCCCUGACGCAGAAGGAGCCUGUGCAGGCCGAGAGCCCUGUGCGCACCGAGCCAUCCCGGACAGAGCUGGACGCGCAGGAGCCCAAGGGUGGCCUGCAGAGCCCCUUCGAGCAGACAAACUGGAAGGAGCUGUCACGCAACGAGAUGAUCCAGUCCUACCUGAGCCGGCAGAGCAGCCUGCUGUCGUCGUCAGGCGCACAGACGCCAGGCGCACACCACUUCAUGUCGGAGUACCUGCGGCAGGAGGAGAGCGCCAAGAGGCACAGUGCCCGCGAGACACAUGUGCUCGCACCACACAGCCCGCCUGCGGACCUGCCAGGGCACACACGUGAGGUCACACAGGACGACCUGGAGCGCAUCCAGGCCCACCAGUGGCCGGGCGUGAACGGGUGUUACGACACACAGGGUACCUGGUAUGAUUGGACGCAGUGCAUAGCACUCGACCCGCAUGGUGACGACGGGCGCCUGAACAUUCUGCCUUACGUCUGCUUGGACUGACUGCCUGAGGGGCGGCGGGUGGGUGUGGAGGCCCAGGAAAGGCACCUGGGGCAGGGCAGGCACUCCUGUGUUCUGCCCUCGCAAUUCUCCUUCUUUUGUGAAAUGCUGCUACCAGUUUACUAACAAACUUGCAUAGGAAGGACUGCGGGAAGGACGGCAAAGCGAGUUCCAAGCACUCCAGUAUCCAGCUAGACGGAGUGCAGGUCCCGCCUGGAGACAGUGCAGAUACCCUGGCCGCAUGGGCUGGGCGCAGCUGCAGGCAGGCACAGAACACUUGUGGAAGAAGUUACCUUUAAUGAGAACCGAAAGCACGCUGUCUUAUUUAUUUGCAUUUGUUUGUGUUGUCAUUUGGCCCGAGAUGUCUGGGAGGGUGGGCAGGAGUAUGGCCUUUGUACGGUGUGUGCUCGGUCCAGCCCAGUCACUGCUGAGCCUCGUUUUGGCAUGGGGUGGCCAGCCCACUGGCCACUAGUUUGACCCCACGUUUCCCGGGCAGCCACACAUUUUUAUCUGGUUUCAGUUACAAUCUUGUUUCUAAAGAAAUGCUGCAAAAAUUUAAUUUUUCAAGAGUUCAUUUUCUCCCCCGUUUCAUCCGACCACCAGCCAAACAACUUUCCUUCCUUUCUCUUUUCUCAUUCUGUCCCCUUCCUGCACAUCUCUAGAAGCUGUCAUCUUUCUAGAGUGCCCCACCCAAAAAGCCCCACAGAAGUCACCGCGGGUGCUACAGGGUGUGUGCUGUUCUAGGCAGAGGCAGCCUGUCCGGGCUGGAAAUACUCGUGACCAUUCCUUUAGAGUUGUUUGCCUUAUGGUCAUCUGUCAGAAACGCGGUUUGCAAAAACAAGGAGCCUUAGUGAAUGUACAGUACCUAGACUUCUGGGUCCCCAGGACGCAGAAGGGGCAACUUUGCUAUUUGGUCCAGUAAGUGGACACCUUGUGAUAUAAAUGUGGAAAUAAAAGAAACCAUUUGCACAAACCAGCCUGCAAGUCGUUUCUGAUUUGGUCCUUGCUACAACCCGGCCCCUCACACAAGUCUGUUCUUGGAACCCGGAUGAGCCAGAAGGCCUGGCCCCCUCUCUGAGAUUAUGCCCCGCCCCCAGCCAGAAUGGGAAGCAGGGCAGGUGCCAGCAGAAAACUGGCCAUCUGCUUUCCACGUAGAAACUGAUGUCUCCCCCUCUGCAAAGGCACAUGGUGCCCCUCCCACCUCUGAGGUCACCUGCUAGAUUUGGGUGGCAAACAUAGGGCCACAUGGAGACAUGUUACCCUGUCUCCAUCCAUACCCACCUGGCCCACAGACACCGGGAAGCAGGCUCAGGCCCAGGUCUUGGUGAGGACACCAGGGCAGGAAACUAGACAGGCCCCACUGUGGGCAUCUCCUUCCCUGCCCCCCACCCCCACCCCCAGAUCAGAGACCCUGGGGGCAGGAGGCUGUCAUGUGGAAAAGUCAGAAUCUGAAGGGGUAAAGGUUUCAUGGCUCCUUCCCACCUUGUGUUUUUUCCCCAGAUGUACUAGGUGUGCCGAGGCUGGACCACCCACCCUUGGCCAGGCCACAGUCUGCCUUAGUACCAGGCUGGUGUGUCCAUUGUUUAGGAACAGUUCUCCUUUGACUGGAAAGUGAGCAGCUUUUCGUUCCUCCCUCUCAUUACUGAAACCCUAAGUAAGCCAAGACUUCGGCUUUCUAGAUUUCUUCAUUCUGGAAUAGGUCAUCUUGCCCACAUCUACUUACUCUCCACCCAUGAGCACACGGCUCCCCUUAAGAGGGACAGCCUCACGGCGCACACCCAGGGCCCAGGAACGUUCCAGCCUGCAAGACCGCAGCCACCCCAGAACCUGGGUUUCAGAGCCAUCAAGGCUUUUAACCUCAGCUUGGUGCACAGCUGCAGCCUACCAGCUGCAUGGCUCUGGGCCAAUCACUUCACGCACAUGUCCCCACUUGAGGAACAAGAGUGCCUACCCCAGAGUUGUGAGCGCUUCAACGAUGAAAACUGAACACACCGCAUAAAACUGCUGCGGAACCAAUAUGAACCUCAGCGCUGCAGAAAGCCUGUAAUUAGGUUCCUAAGCCCACUGUGCUUGCCUUCUCACCAGAGAUGGAGAAGAGGAGCUGCCCUGCGAAAAGUAACAUUACCCUAACAGAGGUCGCAGGUGUAGCCGGAGGAUAUCGGGUUGCGGAGGUUGGCGCUCCAGGAGCAUCUCUUCGUCCUGGGCUUUAGGACAGGCCGCUGCUCCCCCGCCCCCACCCACAGGGUGUCCUGAGUCCCCAGUAAGCCCCAGGGCACAGGUAUCUCCCGGCUUUAAGAAAGCAAGGAUAAACUACGAUUCCCCGCAACGCCUGGAGAAUCAAGUUGAGGUUGCCACUUCCUAAUUAGCCAAGAUUGUAAAAGAGAAUUUUAACCAUCCCUCCCCCAAAAAAUAGCUGGAUACACGUGAUUUUUGGAACAAAUGAAAAUCCUUUUAGUAGAAUAACAUACUUUUGCUGGAAAAC